AUGACGCCGCGGCGCGAGCAGGGUUACAACUUCGAGGACUACGUAGUCAGCAAUCCGCUGGAGGACGAGAUUGAGGUCCAACACUUCGGCCAUGAUGACGAAAAUGAGGAUGAAAAACGGGGAGGUGAGACUGAACGAGAGUAUAUCCUCAUUGACGACGACGAUGAAGAGUAUGAUGCCGGCGGUCGUACAAUGUUGCCUCCCGAGGAAGACACCUUUCCCGAACUCGUCGAACUGCCCUGUCAUCGACUCGAAAGUGGCAGCCUCAUUCGCGCAGGCGACACCGUGGAACUGAUCGACCGAACCGACAGAAAGGCAGAUCAUACGUUGAGCGGUGAUUUCCUGAAAGUCAAUGCUAUCAUUGAGGACUUGAAGACGCAAGAAGUUAGACUAAGUGGCUACCGCCUCAGGCGGUGCAGUUAUCUUCGCCCGCUGUUCGAUGGCAAACUCAACGAACUGUUCAUGCUCAUCCAAGCUUCCGAAGACGAUCGCCGACCGCAUAUGAUUCAAGGACUCCAAUCCAUAUCUGUCAUAGAAGUGCUCAAGAAGAGGAAGUGCGAGUUCACGGAUAAGGACUACGAGGCGUACGAUGUACGUAUGGCAAAUCGGUGGGCACCAGCGGGCCUAAAGACAUCUAUGGAGAUCAAGGACUGGAUCUUCCACCAAGGCACUCUCAUCUGUCGUUUCGCGCAUACUGUGGUCUUUGACCAUAAUUCUGUAUCCUACAGUGGAGAAGUGCGCAAACUUUACCGUCGCGAGACCGAUCGAGUCACGAACACGCCGUCCCCUCCUGCUACAACUUCCUCCCAGGCCUCGUCAUUGGCGUCCGGUACUGACCGCGAGCCGAGGCAACGGCGGCCGUCGAUUGAACAAAUCGAUGGGACAUUCGCUGAGCAACGGUCUCCUCCGAUCAAGUCGCGCCGCUUCACUGUCGGGGACGCAUUCUCCGGAAUCGGUGGGGUUUCGGAAGGUGCCAGUCAGGCCGACCUCUUCGUGAAGUGGGGCCUGGAGAAAGACGAACUCGCUAUACGCGGCUAUGCAGAGAACUUCCCGUCUGCAGAACCGUUACAUAUGGAUGCGCAUGACUUUCCUGCCAUCGCACGACGUUGUGAGCACGGUGUCGACAUACUGCAUCUCUCGUGCCCAUGCUGCUAUUGGUCCGAGGCCCACACCAAUGAGGGCAAGAACGACCAAGAAAAUAUGGAAACCUUACUCACGGUAGGACCAUUUCUGAAGGCAGUCAAGCCUCGUUAUGCAACGCUCGAGCAGGCACCUGGUCUACUCAAAUUGAAGAAGCACCGCCUUUGGUUUAGGAAAGUCAUUAACGACAUCAUCUCCAUGCGAUAUAAUGUCCGUUGGAGGGUCAGCGAUCUUUCAGAGGACGGUCUGCCGCAGCGGCGUCGACGGCUCGUUUUCCUGUGCGCCAAGCAGGGCCUCCCUCUUCCAGCUUUUCCGAAGCCUGCCUGCGGACCGAAAGACAGCGGUCUUCCUUAUUGGGUCACGGUAGGGGAUGCUUUGGAAGCUCUCGAGCGUCGCGGAGCGAACAUCCACGAUGAAUAUCAUCAACCUGAGGAGGAGAAGCUUCUGGGCCUUCCUCGGGAGCCUGUGGAUCCUCGAACCAUUCUCGCCAAAUGCAUCACAACUAGUGGUGGAGAGAAUGUGCAUCCCUCUGGACUUCGCAAAUACACACCCCGCGAGAUAGCUCAGUUGCAAGGCUUUCCGAUGGAUUACCAGUUCAAGGGAUCUAGAGGCGAGGCCACGAAGCAGGCCGGAAAUGCGUGGGCACCUGUCGCUAACACCAGAUAUUUCCUGCUCCUGGCUCAGUUCCUCGAGGCCUGGGACAUGGGCUAUAUUGACGCCGAGGAUGACGUAGAAGACCUCUAUAACUACCUCGAGGAGAAGGGCAUCCGUGUUCCCAAUUCGACCAGGUAUCUGAAGAAGCUUACCAAGUCAAUCAUAUCCAAGAGGAAACACCCACUUUGGGGUAGCACAUACAAGGUUGACCGGGCUCCACGCCAACGAGCUCCACGUGCUGCGCCAGUCGCGCAAACGACGAGAGGACAACGCCAGGUACGAGAUGCGGCAGAGAUUGCCAGACAGCGCGGAGAGAUCAUCGACAUCAAUUGA